AUGGCGAGCACAAGCACAUUCAAGCAGCUGGUUCGGUUCCAGGAUGGCGAAGGCCGCAUACACUACGGGGAAGUCGAGUCGGUCGACAACCUGGUCGGACAGACGGCGACGAUCUACGACGGCGAGCAGCCGUGGUCGCUAGUGGCGACGACGAAGAAGGCGACGAUUGCGUCGGUGCUGGCGCCGCUGGCGUCGGUGCCUCUCAUCUACGGCGUGGGGCUGAACUACAAGAAACACAUCGCCGAGGCGUCGUUCCCGACGCCCGAGUUCCCCGUCAUCUUCACCAAACCCAACGACGCGCUGGCCGGGCCGUACGAGGACGUGCCGGUAGACCCGGAAGUGGUGGAGCUGGACUACGAGGGCGAGCUCAGCGUGGUGAUCGGCAAGGACGUCAAGAACUUCAAGAAGGGCGACGACCCGCUGCCCUACAUCCUGGGCUACACGGUCGGCAACGACGUGUCGUCGCGCUACUGGCAGGCGAAUCCCCGGAGCGGCGGCCAGCACGGCAUGGGCAAGUCGUUCGAUAAGUUCGCGCCGCUGGGCCCUGCCAUCGUCAGCCCGAGCGCCCCGGCCAUCGCCGGCAAACUCAAGGACGGCAUCCCCGUGCUGGAGCUGCAGACCCGCGUCAACGGCGAGGUGCGCCAGCAGACCAGCACCGGCGACCUGCUGUUCCUGGUCUCCGACAUCCUCCAGUUUCUGAGCCGCGGGAGGACCGUCCGGCGGGGCACCGUCAUCAUGACGGGCACGCCGAGUGGCGUGGCCGCCUUCCUGGACCCGCCGAAUUGGCUGAAGAACGGCGAUGUCGUCGAGGUCGAAAUCGAGGCCCUGGGUACCAUCAAAAACAAAAUGGUCAUUGGCUAG